CGCAUUCUAGUUAUCAUCGCGCACGUACAAUUACAAUGCAUGUAUCGCCCAUAUUACUAUUUCUAUAGAUUUUAUAUACAAUCAGAAAAAAACCAAAUUUAUGGAGUUUAAAACUUAACUUUUAUAAGUGUCUGGAAAAGUGUUGGUUUGGUGCUUUUUUGGUGAAUUUGUUGGUUUCAAAUUGCGAAUUUUUUAAAUAAUACAAAAUGCUGAAAUUAUCACUUCAAGAAGCCAUGAAGAUCGGGUUUAUUGGUGGCGGCAGGUUGGCCUUUGCAUUGGCAAAUGGAUUUAUUUCCGCUGGAUUAGCAAAACCUGAUGAAAUCACAGCCAGUGUCCAUCCUGCAGAUGUAGCCAGCGCUGAGGCUUUUAAGUCUUUAGGAGCAACCGCCAUUUUUGAAAACAAGUCAGUGGUGGAGAGAUCUGAGGUAGUCAUUGUGUCAGUGAAGCCUGAUGUUGUUGGACCAGCAUUGCGGGAAAUUAAAGAUCUCCAGGCGUCUAAAAACAAAUUGUUUAUAUCUGUCGCAAUGGGAGUUUCCAUAACGAGCAUAGAGAAGGUUCUCCCACCAGAAGCAAGAGUAAUAAGAGUAAUGCCAAACACACCAGCACUUGUAAUGCAAGGUGCUGCAGCUUUCAGUAGGGGCUCCAGAGCUACAGCAGAAGACGCUAAAGUUACAACAGAGCUAUUCAAAGCUGUUGGCACCUGUGAUGAAGUGCCUGAGUACCAAAUGGACGCUGUUACAGCUUUAAGUGGAAGUGGACCUGCUUAUGUGUAUAUGCUGAUAGAAUCCCUAGCUGACGGAGGUGUCAGAUGUGGGCUACCCAGGGAUUUGGCUCUUCGUCUUGCAACACAGACGACCUUAGGGUCCGCAUCAAUGCUUAAGAACGGAGGCCAUCCAGCUGCUAUGAAAGAUAAUGUGACUUCACCUGGCGGUUCUACUGCAGAAGGAACUUAUCAUUUAGAACAAAAUGGUUUCCGCUCUGCGGUUAUUGGAGCAGUAAUGGCAGCAUCUAAUCGUUGCAAGGUGGUAAAUGAAACAUUGAACAAGUGAACAACCUGUGGUAGAUACGUUAAGUAAAUUCCUUACGUUGAUUAUUUGUACUUGCAAGAUUUCCGUUAAAAUAAUUUAUCCCGUAUUAGCAAUAUACCACCUUUGCUAUACCUACUUUUUAUAGAAAAUCAAUAAAAAUAUCUUACAGUACAUCUAAUAUCAUCCUACAAACAAGUUUAAAAUAAAACCAAAAUAAAAUUAUCAAUUCA